AUGUCCUUCCCCUACAAAAAAGUCCUCAUCAUUGGCGCCACCUCCGGGAUUGGCAAGACCCUGGCCGACAAAGUCGUACAAAACGGAUCCAAGUUGAUUGCCGUCGGUCGGAGAAACGAGAAUCUGCAAGAACUCCUCCAACGACAUGGCAGUGACAAAGUUUCCACUAAGACUUUCGACGUCAUGCAGCUAGAGCAGAUCCCUCAAUUUGCCUCCGAGGUCAUCGCAGAGAACCCAGAUCUCGACUGCAUCUUCGUGAACUCCGGUAUUCAGCGCCCGUUCGAUUUCUCAAAGCCGGACACCGUUGAUCUCGACAUUUUCGACCAAGAGUUGAUUACAAACUAUACCUCAGCUGUGCGCAUUACCAAGGCAUUCCUUCCGCACUUGCAGGGCCUGGAACGCCAGACGGCCAUCGCGUUCACGACCUCCCAGAUGGCCCUGGUACCCAUGAUGCGCUGCCCGAAUUAUGGCGCUUCCAAGGCGGCUCUGCAUCACUUCAUCCUCGCGUUGCGCACUCAGGUGCAAGCUGGACCUGGGAAUAUGAAGAUUCUUGAGAUCUAUCCCCCAGCUGUGCAGACCGAGUUGCAUGAUGCAAAGCACCAGCCUGACCUGAAGGAUGGGCAUCUUAUCGGUAUGCCGCUCCAAGAGUUUGUGGAUGAGGUGUGGAAUCGGAUCUCACAAGGUGAGGAUCAGAUUCCGGUUGGGUCUGCGCAGGAUAUCUUUAAUGCGUUUGAGGUCAAAAGGCAAGAGUUGUACCGUGAUAUGACGGAGCUGCUUUCUGGACUGCUGAAGCAGUUUUUGCGGUAG